AUGGUGUUGGCGCGUAGUCUCGGUACCGUGAUGGCGUAUAACGGGGAUGAGAGGAACCCGAACCACUGGUGGAAAAUAGAGGAGCUGUCUCCGUCAGCAGUGUAUUACGUCGGACCUUGGGAGUACAUACGGAAUCGCCGGAGCGGCAAGGUGCUGCAGCACUCGCAUCAGCAGCCGUUGACGGAUUCCGUCAAGCGUGGCAGCCCCGUCGCUACUACUAGUACCAAUACUGUACAGUCUAACUCAGUCAAAGCAGUAGAGCCGAUUCCCGAUGACGUCACCCAGCAGUGGCGGCGGGUUGCCGUGUCAGAGGGCUACACGUGCCUCCAGAAUCGCGCCUCCGGCUCUCUGCUCACCACCAUGAUGACUCCUCACGCGCCUCUGAACUCCUCCCUGCUCACCAUUGGCGGUGCUACAAGUGGAACCGAAUCAUACAGUAACGCAGCUGCAUCACGGGCAACAGCAGUGCCAGUGGAAGCACAGGCGAGGGACAACGAGGUGACUCGCGAGGGCAAUCAAUGGCUGCUGGCGGAAAUCAAUGGUUUGGAGAUCUUCACGCUGCAGAGCCGCCACGGGGGAGCGUUUCUCGAGAACACGUGCGGGGAGAAGGUGCGAGGAAGCUUGGGGGCGGUGGAGGCGAGCACGUGCUGCCAGUGGGCCGCCAUCCGCGCGGAUGCUGUUGAUGACGUGGCCAAGGCAACAGUGGAUGACGUGGUGGGAUCCCCACCAGAGCUUUUCAAAGCGCCUCGCCAGUCCAAAGCGGUGCUUCUUGAGGCGCCUAAACAAUCUACGCUGGGGCUUGCACUUGGUAAAUCCGCACCUCUGCCGCCCGUGCUGCCACUCUCGCCGCCAGCCUUGCUGCCUAACAACUCGACACCGACGACGCCCACCAAACGUGAACCCUCAUCAUCAUCACCAUCAGCAGAAUCCGGCCUGUCCCAGCUGCCACAUGUGAUGCCGAAACUCCUGUGUAACCCGACAGAAAGGGCGGUUGAAGCGGGGUCAGAGUUGGCGGACAAGGGGAUUGACGGCGAGCGCUACUCCACCACGGCUCUACCCGUGCUGCUCCCCUGGACCUACCUCCGCAACCGAGUCACCGGCAUGGCCCUUGCUGCGCAUGCGAGCGGCAGCGUGGAGGCGCGGGAGUUUGAAGGCGGCAGCCUGCAGCAGCAGUGGCGCGCUGUGAGUGUGGGCGUGGUGGCAGCAGCACCAGCCGUGUGCUACUUCUUCCUCCAGAACCGCGCCUCUGGGUUCGUUCUGAGCCACUCCUGGUGGGGCAGCCACGUGGCAGCUAGUGACUGCCACGUGGCAGGGAAGUACAGCCAAUGGGAGCUGAGAGGCGCUUGUGGAGGGUUCUGGGCGAUCAAGAACCGGGGCAGCGGGAAGGUUCUGGACCAUUUCUUUGGGAUAAGCAUUCAGGCUUAUAGCGAGGAUGAGCUACAGUACCAGCACCACUGGACCAUCACCCCUGCAGGGACCACAGGUGGGAAGGCGCACUGGGAGCAGGAGGAGGACGAGAGCGGUGACAAGUGGUGCAAAGCGGUGCAGGGUGGUGGUGAGGGGUCCGCGAGCCUUGCUCUUGUGGUGGACCGGCCGUGGAGCUAUGUGUUCAACCGGGACAGUGGGAAGGCGCUGGCUGUGUGCGAGGAGAGCGUAGAGGCUGUGGAUUAUGAGUGGGGGGCCUUGGAGCAGCAGUGGCGCGCUGUGAAGACGGAAAAGGGUUACCACGUGUUACAGAAUCGAGCCUCCGGGCUGGUUCUGGAUCAUUACAGCGGGCGGCGGAUCGGCGCUUAUGAUAACGAUUUUAGCAGCGAGUUUCACAAGUGGCAGCUGAAAGACGUAGAGGGAGGCGUGUAUGUUGUAUUGAAGAACAAGAAGACGAGGAUGGUGUUGGAUCAUUACUAUUGGGAACGGUUGGAAGCGGUGAGCGGGGAUGAGAAGAACAAGGCGCAGCACUGGAGGGUGGUGCCUGCCAGGCAGAUGGCCCGAGAGGGCAUGGGUCCCCAGCCUUCCCCCGAGACUGAAACCGUGGUUGGAGAUUUUAUUUCUCUCUGGGAGAGAGACAGUGUGCCGAAAGGGGAGCUGAAGGGGUUGUAUUUAGUGGAGGGCGGCAAGCCUCGUCACGGCAUUCGGGUGGUGAAGUCGGGGUUUCGUCACAGCCGUCAGAUCCACCUGCUGCAAGUGAGCAUCCAAGGGCUGUCAUAUGCGAGUGUGGCUGUGCCGGCUGGGGUGGACGUGGGGAGGGGGAGGAUCCGGGUAGCACUCAGGAGGAGUGCGGAGGGGGGAGGGGAGGUGGUGGUGGUUGACUCGCUUGACUUGAUGAGAAUUCCCGAGGUGGAAGGGCCGUUGGUCAACCUUGCGGUUUUUGUGGGGGUAGCUGCGGAUCAGAUCCCCCCCCCUUCUAACCUUGUUCCUCCCUCUCUCUAUUUUGUAUCCACCCUUUGA